AAAGCCCCAAUCUUGAUUAAUUUUAACAAAUCUCUUAUUGUGAAAGUCCCGAGAGGAGGUGGAUUUAUCAGGCUGACCGGUGCCGGCUGAGACGCUGUGAGUGUACAGACAAUAAGCAGAAGGGAUCAGAUAACAACAAAAGACAUAAGAUGACUGAGGGCCGUCUGUGUCAGGUUCACCUCCUAGAUGGCAGGAAACUGGACCUGCUGGUUCAGCCCAAACUGUUGUCCCGUGAGCUGUUAGAUUUGGUGGCUUCACAUUUUAACUUGAAGGAGAAAGAAUACUUUGGAUUGUGCUUCAUAGAUGACACUGGCCAGAAUAACUGGCUCCAGCUGGAUCGUAAAGUCCUUGAUCAUGACUUCUCCAAGACUUCGGGGCCUUUGGAACUCAAGUUCCUUGUGAGGUUUUAUAUCGAGAAAAUCACCUUCUUGAAAGAGAACACAACGGUGGAGCUGUUCUUCCUGAAUGCUAAAUCUUUAGUGUUUAAUGAGACCAUCGAAGUGGAGAGUGGAAAUGUUUUCAAGUUAGCCGCAUUCGCAUUGCAGGAGGCGAAAGGAGAUUACACCAGUGCUGAGACUGCCAGAUCAGACCUGAAAGACCUCCCAGUUCUGCCCACCAGAGUAUUAAGGGAGCACCCAUCUCUCAAUUACUGUGAAGACAAAGUGAUUGAACAUUACAAGAAACUGAAGGGGCUGACCAGAGGACAAGCCAUCGUCCAGUAUCUCGCCCUGGUGGAGUCCCUGCCAACAUAUGGAGUUCAUUAUUACCCAGUGAAGGACAAGCAAGACAUACCGUGGUGGCUGGGAGUCAGCUACAAAGGCAUUGCCCAGUACGACUUGCAGGAUAAACUGAAACCAAGAAAGCUGUUUCAGUGGAAGCAGUUGGAGAAUCUGUAUUUCCGCGAGAAGAAAUUUGCUGUGGAAGUGAACGACCCACACAGAAGAACAGUGACCAAGCGAACUUUUGGACAGACUGGCCUUGUUAUUCACUCAUGGUAUGCCAGCCAUUCUCUGAUUAAGACCAUCUGGGUGAUGGCCAUUAGUCAGCACCAGUUCUACCUGGACAGGAAGCAAAGCAAAUCAAAGAUGACCACAACAAGGAGUUCAGGAGACAUCGCCAUGGACCUCACAGAGAUCAGCGCCCCGCGGAUUACUAAGCUUUCCAGCAUCGAGAGCAAAGACCAGUUUAUCAUGGCCAGCAAUGGAAGCCUCAUCUCUGCCGGUUCUGUUGACUCUGAAGUCAACGAGGAACAGAAGAAAGAGAAGGUGGCUGAGUUGAAAAAGAAAGAAAAGGACCUUCAAGACACACUGACACACAAACUUGAAGAACUGAAGAAAAUCUGCAUGAGAGAAGCUGAACUCACAGGCCGACUGCCUAAAGAGUAUCCCUUGGCCACAGGCGAGAAGGCGCCUCAAGUACGACGCCGUGUCGGGGCAGCCUUCAAGCUUGAUGACCUUUUUCCCUAUGAUGAGGACCCACAUCUGAGGAAUCUGGAGAGCAGGUUUGCCCUGCAGCAAAAGAUCGUGGAAGCAGCCGUAAAGUUGUCCAACGAAGGUGACCUCUGCAAGACGGUGAGGAAGAAGAGGAGAAACAACUAUCUGGAUGCAAUGAGAAAACUGGAGGACAUCGAAAAGGAGAUCAACUCCUACAGAAUCAAGAAAGGAAAGAAACCCACCCAGAGAGCCUCACUCAUCUUAGCAGAUGAUGUCAACCCUUCAGACAUCAGUUCUCUAUCUGACAGCCUCACUCUGGAUGAUGAUGAUGAGCUUGGUGCCCAGAGGCAGCGAUCCAGAUCGGUUCAGUAUUCCCCAAGACCCCACCAUGCAGAAACUCUGGACAUCCACUACAGCAAAGACAGACGAUCCUCAGCCAACGACCAGCAUUCAGACAGCAGAUUAAAUUACGGCCAAAUCCAGGAAGCACUCCACCACAGUCACCGUGAUGCCUUAUCAAGCCAUAACAGCCCGUUUAAACUUGCUUCCAGACAGCCACGUGAUGCCCGCAGCAUGCCUCCCACCCCCCUCCUCACCCGCAAUGCCUAUAGCAGCACCCAGCUCAGAUCAGACGAUGCUCCACAACAUUUCCGCCAGCGCAGCGGAAGCCUGGAGUCCCAGUCCCAGUUCCUGACGGAGACCGAACCUCCUGUGCCAGCAUUCACCCUCUCCACAGCCAGGCGCAGCAACAGCACUGAGGUCCUCGAUGACGGCUCCUCUUACACAAGCCAGUCCAGUGUGGAGUACAGCAUCCCCGGAAACCAUACCCACAGACGCAGGGCUCGCGGACAACGCAGAAAAGACAUUUACGCCAACACAGGCAGCAUGCCUAACCUGGCUCAGCCAGACACCCGCUGUUACGCCUACCAGCCUCGGGGACGUCCCACCACGACAGCCUACUACGUCGCAGGCUAUUCCAACUACACAGAGCCAGAGCCUUACUCUAAUGGAGUGUACAUGUAUGGCAAUGAGAUGGAGGGACACUAUAAUGUCAAUCCUUCCCACCACCCGACCCCAGCAGCUUAUCACAGCCACGACACACACAGUCACUAUGGUAACGAUGAGGUAGAUGGCAUGUCACAGAACCCAUACGCAACGCUGCGGCCACCCAGGAACCGUCCAGUGCCCCGCAGCAACGAGCAGGUCAGCAAGAACAUCCAGAAGGCUCUGGUGGCAGAACACUUGAGAGGCUGGUACCAUCGCAAUGCUGCACACAAACAGGCAGCAUACAACUACGACUAUGACAGAGGCUCCCAGCAGAGCCUGGGCUAUCAGACCAUGCCUACACCCUACAGCCACAACAACAGAAACACCUCCUACUCAACAGUGUCCUUAGCAUCCUCAAGUGGGAACUGGCACAGCCACAUGAGUGGUGGUAUGUCGGCAUAUGACAUGCCCAUGCAUGCGCCACAGUCUUACUCUUACAGUACAGCCCCUUACAGCUACUCCGCCCACAACAGGCACAGAUGUCCCACAGAGUUUGAGUGGCGGAGCAGUGAUAAGAUGGCGUGCCCUGUGGGGCUUUUAGAGAGGUGUGGUGCUGUUGCCUAUGCCACUGACCAGGAAUAUUACCCCCCUCCCCUAAAUAACCAAAGUCACAGCACAGAAGAAAGGAUCGUACGUAGAUGUCAGCCAACUGGACCACCACAUCAGUAACCAAAUGAACUCUAACCUGGAAACAGAAGAUCGGAUUUACUGGCACGAAGACUCAAAACCGGGAACAAUAGUGUAGUUGCCUGCUUGUCAUCGUGCCGUAUUUGUUUUCUCACCUUGACAAGUUGUCACUGUGCCUUACACUGCACUUACCUGUUUUCGUGUGCAAGGAGAUCCAAAGAAUGAAGGAACUUAACUUCUGUGGUAUUCGGCAUGUAAAUGAAAUGACGUCCUCUCAUUUUCUCUUCUCUUGAAUGCAAUUGCCAAACAGUUUUUUUUUUUUAAAUCAUAACAAAGCCCCGUGGACGCAUCAAUGUGUCUGGAUUUGCGAGUGUUUGUGGUGAUGGCACUUGUGCACUGAAACUAUACCAGGACCUGCUGUGGACUGUGUGGUAUAGCCAGAGGGAAUGUGGACUAAACUUCUCCAGUGUCUCUGUAAGAGGAUACUGAGCCACAACGAACACGCACGCGCUUACGCACAUGUAUGAGCACUGUAAGCAUGAAGGAUUGGACAAAGAUCGAUGAGGACAUUAACGAAAUGAAGGAUCAAACUCAUUAAAAAUGAGUAAACAUUCUGUGGUCAUUUCAUCCAUUUUUAUCAUAGCAUUGCUUGUAGCUGCCACAGUAAUUCCUGUUUGUCAUUUACAAAGUAUUGAAUCUAUCUCAUUGUCAGUACUUACAAUACAGUAGAGCCAAAUGCUUCUGUCAAACCAUUUGAGUAUUACUUAAAGUCACUAACUUUGAUAUCACUGCCACGUCUGAUCAGUUGGUACAGGAAGACAGAAAAUCCAGUUUUGUUAUUUUAUUUUAACACAGUUAUUUCAUCCAUGCUGGACAUCAUGGACCGGUGCUCCCACUUUCUAUUAAGAGAAUGAAAGCUGUAUGUAAAUGUUGGUAUUGUAAAUACACUGGUGCAUUUUUAUGUAUUUGAAAAGCAUGUAAUAUAUAGUAAACAAUCGUUGUUAAGCUGGUUCUUAGUAAUUUGUAUAAUUACCUUUGUUGGAAUAAAAAAAAAAUCAGCUUUUGAAUCAA